GAUAACCAGAAAGGCAAUUCCUUCACCAAUGCAUAGUCUAAGUGUUUCUUUCCAAUCUGAUUCAUUUUCCAUGCCCACUAGUAAGAAAGAGAAGCCACCUCCUCAAGCUCUUUAUGAUCGAACCCUAAAGUCAUCAUCAAAUGUAGCACUUAAACCUUCUAGAAAGUAUACUCCUAAGAGGAAAAGAAGUCCACUCAAGGGUAAAAAUGUCAUCGAUCAAUCAGAAAAUUCCAAACCUUUAGAGAGUUUACAUUCUAAACUAGUGGAACAACAUCGGUGGCCUAGCAAAACAAGUUCUAAAUCUAAUCUUUUAGGAAAAUCUACAACCGAUCCUGCGAAAGUAUUAUCGUCAUUUUCCGAUAAAGGAAAGUUGGAAUAUGACAAUCUACUAAGAAUGUCGAAUCUUGUUUCUUAAAGGUCUCAAUCUUUACCUGUUGUUACACCAAACAAGCCAUCUAUUUUGGCUUUGAAAAAUGUCAGUCCUUCUAGAAGGUCUUGUAGUCCUUUGAGACAACCCUGCAACUCGAAUAAAGCUUAUGUUCUCACAUUUAUUGUUGAUAUUAAAAAGGGAAAACGAGUUGUUGAUCAGAUAGAAGAUGCUCAUUAUCUGAGACUACUUCACAAUAGGCAAAUUCAGUGGAGAUUUAUUAAUGCCACUUCAGAAGCUGGCUUCAAGUCCCAGAAUUCAACUGUUAAGGUUUGAUUAAAAGGAUUAAAUGAAAGAAAUAGCAAUGCACUUUUAUUUGAUAUCUUUAUUAUAGUUAAUUUAUUAUAUUUCAUAAUGCUUAAAUCUUUAUUUAAUGUGUGGAGAAGUACCUCAGAACUCCAUGAUUCUGUAGCAGCAAAGAGGAUUGAGCUCAAUCAAUUGAGACUGAAGCUAAAGCUUUAUUUAGUUUUAAAUCAACAAAUGACUUACCUCAAUGAAUGGGCUUCAAUUGAAAAGGGGCACAAUCUUGCUUUGUGUGGUGCUAAUGAAGAUCUAGAGUCAAGCACUCUUCAAGUCCCUGUAACUAGAGGUGCAAUGGUGGGUAUUGAAACUUUGGAGUCUUCACUUUGUUCAGCUAUCCAAGUGAUGGAAUACAAUAAGAAAUAAUUUUAAAAGUAGAAUGAAAAUGACAAGUGAUUUUGUGUUGUGUUUACAAGGUUGAUGAAAUCGAAUAGCUCUAGAGUUAGAAGAGGAAAAGAAAGCUCAAGCUAAAAGAGAUAAGAUGCUGCAAAUGCAAGUGUUGCAUUCUUCAUUUCAAUUGUUAGUACAAAACACAUAGUAGAUUAGAUGAAUGCAAAUUUAUAUAUUGUAAGAAAUAAAAUUGUAUGACAUUAAA